UCUGUCAAAAAUGGUCUUACGUGUUUGGAUUGGAUUUGUGUUUAAUAAUUUAUUUGCAAUUUACGAUGAAUUUUGAAUUAUGUACACAGUAUUGCAAAACUAUUGCUGCGAUUAGCAAACAUCUCGCUGCUCUCAGUAACCAUGUUGUUGAUAGGUAGGGCUCAGCAAACCGAAACGAUGAAGUGCGUUCAAUGUAGCAAUUUACAUCCCAAAAUGAUUCUAGAUCGAUGUAAAACAGUGUUAAUAUUGUCCAGUGUAGUGUGUACGUUGGCAGUUGUAAUAUCACUUCACAAGUUGCUCAGCUAUGAGGUAAAAUUAAUAAAACCUUUCUCUCCAAUACCUGAGGGUCUGUACGGAAAUUAUUUAGGCCCAGUAGUUGAUGAAUCACCGCCCCCACCAGUCAAACGUGUAGACAAGGCUCGCGAUGCGGAAGCAGUCGUAUCUCUUAAUGCCGCAUUAGAAAUGAAGAGAAACGGUAAGACUGAUAAAGCAUUAAAACUCUUCCAGCACGCUUUUGCGCUAUCUCCAAAACAUGCGGAUAUAUUAAACCAUUACGGCGAGUUUUUAGAGGAUACAAAAAAGGAUGUAGUUAAGGCAGAUCAGUUGUAUACAUUAGCAUUAACAAAUUUCCCUGAGCACAGUGGUGCAUUAUCAAAUAGGCAGCGAACAGCAAGCAUUGUUGAAAACCUGGACAGAGAAAUGUUACGUAAAAUAGAUGAAAAACGAGAUGCGUUAUUAUCAAUACCAGAAAAUAAUUCAGCAUUAAGAAGGGCCAAAAAAGAGGCAUAUUUUCAACACAUUUAUCAUACAGUUGGUAUAGAAGGGAAUACAAUGACCUUGCAGCAGACGCGGAGUGUGCUGGAGACAAGAAUUGCAGUAGAAGGGAAGAGUAUUGAUGAGCACAAUGAGAUUCUAGGUUUAGAUGCAGCUAUGAAAUACAUCAAUUCAACAUUAUUGUAUCGUUUAAGAGAGAUCACUAUGGGAGAUAUUCUGGAGAUACACAAGAGGGUCCUGGGACAUGUAGAUCCAAUAGAAGGAGGUCAUUUCAGGAGAACCCAGGUUUAUGUUGGGGGUCACAUUCCCCCCGGGCCGUCAGAAAUACUUGGCUUGAUGAGACAAUUUCUUGAAUGGUUAAACUCUGAAGAUGCAAUGGACUUGCAUCCUGUUAGAUAUGCGGCUUUAGCGCACUACAAGCUGGUGCACAUCCACCCAUUUGUGGACGGCAACGGACGCACUUCGCGGCUGCUGAUGAACUUGCUGCUGAUGCAGGCCGGAUUCCCACCUGUCAUCAUCGCCAAGCACCACCGUCACCUCUACUACCAACAUCUUCAGGCUGCUAACGAGGGUGAUGUCAGGCCAUUUGUCAGAUUCAUAGCACAAUGCACUGAGCGCACUCUAAACCUGUACUUAUGGGCUACCAGCGAGUACAGCCACACUGUGCGCGCUAUCGGGGAACCUCACAUACUGACUGGGGAAGGAUUUGAAGAUGACUUGCUAUGACCAGAUGCUGAUAUGAACAACUAGUUUGUUGCUAUGAAGCCAAUACUAAGUAAAUAAGUCAAUAAUAUUAAGUCCCGUUUCCACUAGCGCGACGCACGAUUUGUAAGCGUGUAUCCUUAGUAUCUUCCAUCAAUCGAAUUAUUGUACAGAAAUAAAAUCAUUGUAUUAGUAUAAAAACGUUUGUUUUAAGAUUAAACUGUCUGCAGGCGGACAGGAGUCUGUUUCGUGACAUUUAAGACAUUCAAUGAAAACUGAUACAAGCAUUUUAAUGAAGUCAAACUUCGUC